CCUAGUGUCACCUCGUCCAGCUUGGUUCACCUCCGAUCAUGCGUGUCCUCGCACUCUCUGACUGCAAGCUAGAAAGCCACGAACCUCCCGAAGAAAUAGAGGAUACCUGUACGAACAGCCGGCCUGCCCCAAUGCCUCCACCUCCUACGAAGAUUCCAUCCAUCAUACUCGACGCCGAUCUUGUGACAGAUUCUAUGGCCGCCAGAUUGUGCAUUAGCUUGGUCGGCCAUGUGCUGUUUUUGAAGAGUCAGGUUCCUUUCCCUGUCAUGCAGAUGGCACGGAUGCCUGGUGGCGAUGCCACGUCUCGAGCUGCGAAGAAGCGCCAGGAGCUUCUCAAUUCAUUUGAUACCCUCGCGUCACACCUCAAUACGACAUUCACAGCACUAUCUACGGCAUUUGCCCUCUGCAGUGGGACACCAGGAAAAGAUGCUCAAAACUCUGGUCGUGCCUACCUUGCAGUCGUUCUUGGUCCCACGCCCGGAUCCGCCAAAUGCAAGGUAAUGGUGGGAGUGGAUGCUUUGGAAGCAAAGGUCUGGGGAGAACGGAAUGAUUGCUCGGGUGAACCAUCUGAACUUGGUAGGGAGGGAGCGGAGGAUGUCGAAGAACAAAGUGAUAAUGAGGAGGAGUCUGACUCGGACAACAAUAGUGAUGGCGAAGCCGACUUCAACGAAAAAGGUGGCAGUGAUAGCAGUGAUGAUUCAGGCGAUGAAGAGUCCGAUGAAUCUUCACAAGCACCCUCCCCACCACCAUCUAGAACACCAUCUCCCUCCUCUUCCCCGCCUCCACCACCGCAACUACUGCCUCACACUUACGCCCAAGAACUGGAAGCCCACCGCACUGCCGAACGCUUGCUCUCUCGCACCCUUGCAAGCGCAUGCGGAGAAAAUGAUGGACAGGGCAUGGCCAGCGAAAUGGCUCCGACCCAGACGCACAUAGUGCUGCGUGCUCCGCGAAAAUUUAUGCACCCGGCAUGGGUGCCUAGGCAAACCCUCAGCGGUGCUUUUGACGCGCUGCUAGACCAGUUUCUUGAGGAAUCCGGUGAACAUCCUACAAGAGAUGAUAUAAAGAAGAAAAAGAAAGGCGGAAAGGUGGAAGGUGUAUGGAUUCGCAGCCGACAGAGAAUAAUCGAAGAUUCGGCAAUAAUAUCGAGCGAAGAAAUUCCAGAAGAGGAUGAGAUGAUUUGGUGGACAUGGGACGGGAGGCUUGUUGGAUUUGCGGACUGGUAACAUAUGUUCAGACGACUCGAACAGAGCAGUUGAUACGUCGAGUGCAUGGUUUGCAGGAUAUCUGCCAGUGAAUUUUACUGUCGUGCUACCACACUAAUCGACCAUCUACAUAUGUAAAACACGAUGAAAAUAGCACUGCAGAAGUUAGAUCCUCGAUUUUCUCGAGGUAAUGGAAUUGGGGUUUGUUUG